UACACAAUUGAGAACGAUCUAUACAUUUAAAUUAUUCGGAAAUUUAUAUGAUCUUUUUCUUUCGAAUUUUUGUGAAUGGCUAAAAUCAUGAGUACUUCGAAUACCAGAGAUUUUUUUAAGUAUAUAAACAUAUUUUCCCCUUUUAAAAUAAUAUGCAGCGAUAUUCCUAUAAAUAAAUAUAAGUUUUUUUUUAAUCCCGUACUUGUUAUAAGGGAUUUGGCAAAAUUCAAUUAAACCAAUACCUUGGUUUAUAGUACAAUUUUGAUGAAUGUAUUCAGUUUUGUUUUUUAAGGUCACAACUUAAGGAUUUUUUUAAAUUCUUUGGCAUAAUCAAACCGGCUGAGCUUAAGGUUAAUGGUGUAAUAUAAAUAAUUUUUGCAGUUCAAUCUAUAAGGUUAAAUAAAGUAAAUAUAAAUACACGAAAAUCAUUUUUAGCUUUUUGAUAAGAAAUAAGAAAAUAAAAAUGUCAAAAGAUUAAAAAAAAAAAGAUGAAAAACGAUUUGAAACUAUAAAGAUAUGUAAGCGACUGUGAAUAUUUCAAAUUGACUAAUCUGUCCUGUUUGUCAAACAUAAACCUUCAUAAAGCACUUUAGUUUUUUUAUGUGAGGUAACCUUCCUCCCAAUCUGAAACAAGCUUAAUUAAAUUUAAGAAUUAUGUUUAACAAAAUUGUUUAACAGAAAACUUUUUUUUACUUGUAGCAUUCAAUUGAAUUUGAAACCCGCUACAAAAAACGGUGCUAUCGCCAGUGUGACCCUGCCAACGUUUUGAGCAGAAAAGGUAACGGUAUAUUGGCAGUGUGACCCUGCCAAUGGGCUGGCCAGUGAGACCAGGCCCAGCUGGAAGGCAGAGAAGUGGAUGGAAUCAUCGACAUGGAUGGGGAAAAGCGGUCUAUGGUGGAGCAGCCGUAGCAGUUGCAAGAUAGGCGCGCGCGCGGUCACAACUCGGCGACGGCAGCGUUGGGGCAUGCAAAUUAUGCCAAAUAGCAUUGACGGAAGCACGAGCAGUAGCAGCAGCAGCAGCAACGUCAGCAGCGCCGACAACCGAUCAGAAAAUGCAGCAGGGCACAGGAGCGGCGACGUCAUCGGCGGCAGAUAGCGGGAAGGGGGCGACGGACCUGACGUCCAGGUCCGCUGGCGACGGCGGCGGAGGCGGAGGGAACAGCUGCUCCUCCGGCGAACCCGGAUCCGGCGACCCAGCAGCAGCGACCAGCACAACGAUUAGCUCUAAGCAGGAGGAUUCGAGGGAGCCCAGGGAACAGGUGGCCAUCCACUACUUGGCCAGCUUCCACGAGCUCUGCGUGGUCACCGCCCUGCUGCCCCUGGUGACGCUCUUCACGUGCUUCGUGACCGCCUACGUCUUCCAGUACGACGAUGUCCACGAGACACAUUGCCGAGUCUACAACAUAAUACCCUCGAUAAGUGCAAUUACCGGAGUCAGUCCGCAGCGCUACUUCUGGCGCUUCAGCAUCGCGCUCCACAUCGGACCGCGCAUCCCCAUCGCCUUCGUUUACAAGAACUACUACCGCUCGCAGCUGCGUCGGAUCAGUCCCGCCCUGGUGCCUCAGGCCAGCGCGCUCAUCACGCUGAUCCUGGUGCUCAACUGCAUCGAGAUCGCGUCCCUGGGCGGCGUCACCUACAUUUCGAAUCGAGAGAACUAUCCCGUUCACGAGCGCAUCUUCAUCACGUUCAUGGUGUGUUCGCUGUGCUACAUGCUGGCCACGAUCAAGCUGAACGGCAUCCUCCAUGCCGGACAAUCGCUGAGCGAGCAGCAGCGCCUGUCCAUCAAGUGGAAGAAGAUCCUCUUCGCCGUCUCCAUCCUGAGCACCGUCGGACUGCUGGUGUUCUUCGCUAAGCACCGCUUCUACUGUCACGACUUGGCCUUUAGUUGGUUCGCGUUCUUCGAGUACUUAAUCGCCAUCGCCAACAUGCUGUUCCACUUCACCAUCAUCUGGGACUUCCCCUCGCAGUUCAUGUUGAUCGUGCAGGCACCCCGCGAGAACCUCGCCCAGUACUUGAGCAGCAGGCCGAAGGUGGACUAGGUUGGAUCCCCGACAGCCGACUGGACCCCACCUGCAUGCCACUCUCCAGUGUACAGUGUGUCUACUUCGCAUACGAAACGUACAAUUAACGAACUUCUUCAACUUUAAACUAAGCGCUUCCAUACCGGUCAACAACUAUUAGCAAUCUGCUAUCUUCUUCGAUUCUCUUUGAACACUUAUCAACCAACGUAACAAACUUAGACCCAAACCAGAAUUAAGGAAAUGAAAACCGAAACGAAAGCGAUAUGUUCCAUAGUUCCACGAUUAAUAUAAUUAUUAAAUAUAAAAUUAUGUAAAGAAAUUGCCCAAUUAGAGGGCAUGCCGUUCUAUGUACACAUUCUAAAUACGUGAACUAAGUAACCUAAGGUUAAGUGCACCCAAACAAUACCAAACCAACCAACAAUAUUGUAAUACUCGUGUAUGCCUAAUGGAUCGCAGCUCGCCAGAUCUCAUGUCAAUUUCGAAUCGGACCCAAAGGAGCCAGCAAGGGGCGACCAGCGUCAGCGUUUCAUUUGCUAGGCAGUAAUUAAAUAGAAGUCGUAUUACCUACCACUUAGUACAUAUCGUUUAUACAGCGGCACAUAGCCCCCUCCUUGGGGAGCUAUUGGGCCCUAUUGGCCCGCCCGAAACCAAUAGAAACAGAGAACCCAUUGUAACAGAAUUCAGACAAUAGACACUAAGCUGCGACAGUGCCAGAACAGUGAUGGGAAGUACCUAGGUAGUGUCCUGUGUCCUGUACUUCUUCAAAGUGGAGUUUUUUAAAGCGGAACCAAAGAGCUCCCCCCAGGGAUGAAAGUCUGAGAAGCUGCAUCUAGUCAGAAAUUUAAAUAGGUUUAAACUCCAGCCACUCUUCGAUCCUGAGCCCUGCCUAGGCAAAAAGCCGUACCUUUCCCAUCACUGUUCGUAAGAUCUAAAAAUCUGGAUGGCACGACGUCGGAAUAAACAAAUGAAGCGAAUAAGCAAUUGUUCUUAGCCAACUUUAAUAGCGAAAUUUGAAAACCUGAGAAGUAGGGUAGGCAGAAUCCACAAUGUUUUCUGAGCGACCGGGUGAAACCACAUAGGCCCAUAGGUAACCGAAUUGUGAACCAGAUUAGCUUCAAAAUAUACAUUUUGCAGUCGCGGAGAGGCGUAGCUAUUUUUUCUCCACAAGAGAUUUAGCCUUAGUCGAAGAGAUUUUGAAUUGGUAUUGCUUAUUUAACGUUGUACUAUACACACCAAGGUCAAGCGAAAGCUCUUAUACCAUAAGUAGUACUACCACCACUAUUAUGAUUACGAUUAUGCAUUGUAUUUGUAAGCGAACGAAUCAAUUGUUAAGUCUCACACAAAAAUGAUAUUUGUACGGAACUCACUUGGAACGAUAUGUGUACUCAAGCUCACGCCCACUCAAGCGAUUUGUUAUGCAAGUUGAGUUGCCAGUUGCACCUCGCGAUACAGCCAAUGUAUUUGAGUUAUUGUUGAUGUUGUCAGGCCCUGGGCUUAGCUGCCCUGUGCCGCCUCUCUAUCCCGAUAGCUUUGUCCUGCUCCGUUUCGAUAUUCCACUUAUGUGCCUCUCUCUUUCGCCCCUAAGGAUAUGAUAUGUACUUCCAUCCGAUCCGAGGAGCGUGGAUACCUUUGUACCCCUCAUCCCUACAUAGAUGCGCUUCGUAUACGUACUUCCCCCAUCGGCCAAACUCCAAUUGUUUUGUCCGGCGAAAAGCAGCGGCUCUGGGAUGGUCACUUUUUAAAAUGCAACUUUUUACCUUUGCAUACAUUUUUAGGCGACACAACGUAAGAGAAUUAUAAAAAACAAAACAGAAACAAUUUAACUAUGAAAUAUGUAAACUUUGUAGCUUCCUAAUUUGAAUAAAGAUUAAUACAACUCACAA